AGGCAGAAAAAUGCUCAAAAAAAUAAUAGAGAGUUCAGAAAAAUAAACAGAGAACAGCAAUUCGUACCAGAUCAGAUAUGGACGGAUCGUCGUCAGGAGGUGGAGAACGACCUUUGAUGGCGGAAAUUAGGGCUAGAAGACUAUAAGAGAAGAUAUAUACUAGAGCAAAUCAGAUAUGGUCUGUUGUCAAGACUUCUUUCCUCUAUCUUCCACCACCUUCCUUUCCUUUUCUACACUCAAGCCCCCAAAGCUCUCUUCACCACUCUCUCCAAACCCCUCCAAUGGCAGGAGACUCCCAAGCUCCACCAAAGCAAACACCUACCAACCCAACCAAGUACUUCAAACACUUCAUGUUCAAACCCCUGCUCAUCACAGUCUUCCUUGUCUCUCUCCUCCUCCUCCCUCCUCAGGCCCCGGAGUUCCUCAGCCAAUCUCUGGGCAGCACAGUCUGGGAACUCCUCCAGCUCGUCUUCGUCGGAAUCGCGGUCUCCUACGGCCUCUUCAGCUGGAAAUCUGAUUACCCAGACAAGGAAAAUGGGGGAGAAGCCAAGUUUGAGAAUGCCCAUUCUUUUGUCUCUGGGUUGCUCCAGGUCUCGUCUGUUUUUGAUGAUGAUGGUGGCGGUGGCGGUGGUGGGUCCGGGGGUAUUUCUGUCAUGGAUGAGAAAAUCGAUGGGAAUUGCAGGAAUAUUGUGCAGACUUGGAGUAAUCAGUGCAGAAGGGGAGGACCAAUGGCAGUUUCUGGCGUUGAGGAACAAAGGGGUUGUUUUAGUGUUACCAGAGAGAUUUCAAGAAUUGGUGAAAAACCCCUUCUUUUGCCCGUCAGGAGCUUGAAAUCAAGAAUUGAGGAUGGUGAGGGCAAAAUGGAAAGAAAGGGUUCUGUCAAUAAAGAAGAACAGGAAGAAGAAGAAGAUGUGAAUCCUGUUCUUCCCUCUCCAAUCCCAUGGAGGUCAAGAUCAGGGAGAUUCAUCCAGAUGAAGCAAGAUUCUGAACCCCUUCCUGAGCCCGAACUCGCAGACGAGCCCGGGGACGACGAACGUGGGUCCCGCGAUGGUAGUCCAGAUGAUGAUGAUCAUCAUCAUCAUCAUGAGAGUGGUGCAGAAGAUGAUUACAGUGAUGAUGGUGAUCAUAGUAGUGGAGAUGAAGAAGAUGAAGAUGAUGAUGAUGAAGGGAGAGAUGUUGAUAAGAAAGCUGCUGAGUUUAUUGCAAAAAUCAAAGAGCAGAUCAGGAUGCAGAGGGUUGAUUCUAUCAAAAAAUCCGCAUGAUGCUAAUACCACUUUGUGAAAUGGGGAGUUUCCUUUUUAAAAAAAAAUUACUUUUAUUAAUUCUUAAAAUCAUUUCUGUGUUUUUUUCUUCUUGACUUCCAUCUUCAAUUCCAUAACUGCUGCAGUUAAUUGGCAUGUUUCCAGAUUUUAUGGAUUACGAAGUACUAAACUUGCUAUAUCUGAUAUAUAUAUGUAUACAUACUCCAAGUUCAUGUUUUGCACUUUUAAUGUCAACAAAGUUGUACCAGUGCAAUAUUUGCCUUAUUUUGUUUAACUGGAAUUGACAAUUGAAGUUUCAACUAAAUUUUGGAGUCUGGG